GCGGCGGGCGGCAUGACGGGAGUUGUAGGCUUCGAGUGGUGAGGAGAGAACCGUCAUGGCGGCGGCCUUCCCCGCAGGCCCGAGGAAGCCUGAUGAAGCCGGGCGGGCUCCGGAGGCGGCCUCGCCGCUGCAGUACAGCCUUCUCCUGGCGUACCGGGUGGGCGACGAGCGCGGGCCGAGGCCGGAAUUCCCCCCGGGAGCCCUGGGGGGGUUUCCCGCGCCCGUCCAGAGCCCUGAGCAGAAGAUGGUCGAGCGCGCCAUGGAGAGCUGCGCCUUCAAGGCGGCGCUGGCCUGUGUCGGGGGGUUUGUCCUCGGGGGUGCCUUUGGCGUGUUCACAGCUGGCAUCGAUACCAAUGUGGGAUUUGACCCUAAGGAUCCCUACCGCACGCCAACAGCCAGAGAAGUCCUGAAAGAUAUGGGGCAAAGGGGAAUGUCAUACGCCAAAAACUUUGCCAUUGUGGGUGCCAUGUUCUCCUGCACUGAAUGCCUGGUGGAAUCUUACCGAGGCAAAUCUGACUGGAAGAACAGUGUCACAAGCGGAUGCAUUACUGGCGGGGCCAUUGGUUUUAGAGCUGGCCUCAAAGCAGGGGUCCUUGGCUGUGGGGGCUUUGCUGCAUUCUCUGCGGUGAUUGACUAUUAUUUACGGUAGCAGCUGGGGCCAACAACCAAGGACUUUCCGAUGUCAGCUGUGGAGGACAGCAGGCCCAGUUGGCUUCUUGGGCACCCAGUGCUGACAGAAAGAGGUGGUGUUUCUGAGCCAUGUCCUGGAAGAAGGUGGAUACCGACCCCGUCUGUGAGAAUUCGAAGUCAGCCAUUGUAGUGGAAGAACCACAGAGGAUCCCGAUGUAUUCUCUCGAGAUCUUCUGCUAAGAUCAAUGAAUUGAACUGCUAUUACAUGAUAACAGCAUUUACUACCAAGAGAGAAUUAUAGUUCUGCUGCUGCGUUUGGAUUAGGAAGAAUGGAAAUGCUGAAUUUUUCCAGACACUGUAAAGAGAUAUCUACUAAUAAAAUGGGAACAAUCUUUCAAA